AUGGCAGGUAGUAAGUUGGUACUUGAGGGUAGAGUAAGUCUUAGGUGCUUUAUUCUAGGUCUCAGCGUUGUCACAAUACCCUUAAUAAGAUCCUGCUUUGGUCACCUCGACUGGGUUUUUGACUAUUUAACGGAAACUCCCGGAAAAAUUGCAAUUUGUUUGCAUGUUGCUCUUAUGAACGGCCUCCUGUUAAUAACAUGUAGGGGACCGCUAUACAAGGUUGCUGUAAGAGCUUGUCUUUUGGGCGUCAUCUUUGGUUGUGGUCUAAUCAUAAGCUUCACCGAAAUCACUUUGACGCAUUUUGGCUGGUAUAUGUGCUCCUUGGCAUUCUUCCAUUACACCGAGUACUUGGUGACUGCCAUCAUUAACCCUCGCAGCUUGUCACUAGACUCCUUCCUGCUGAACCAUAGUUUAGAGUAUUCUUUAGCUGCUGUCUCCUCAUGGCUGGAAUUCGCCGUGGAAGCGCUCAUAUUCCCAGAGCUGAAGCAGCUCAGGUGGUUGAGUUUCCUCGGUCUACUAAUGGUGAUGUGUGGCGAGGCCCUCCGCAAGACAGCCAUGUUGACAGCAGGAUCCAACUUUAACCACAUUGUCCAGAAUGAAAAGGCUUAUAGUCACGUGCUGGUUACCAGCGGAGUUUACGCUUUCUUCAGACACCCCUCCUAUGUGGGCUGGUUUUACUGGAGCAUCGGAACACAGGUGGUGCUGUGCAACCCAGUAUGCACAUUGGGCUACACAAUAGCCAGCUGGAGGUUUUUUCGGGAGCGGGUUGAGGAGGAGGAGAUUUCCCUUAUCAAUUUCUUUGCUGAGGAAUAUGUGGAAUACAAGAAAAGGGUGCCCACGGGCCUACCCUUCAUCUCAGGCAUUCGUGUCAACUAG